UCCAGCACACUCAGCCCCAGCCUCAGCAGCCCUCACGCCUCCCCACAGCCCCACAACAGCCUCCACACUCCCUCACCCUCCUGCAUCACCACCCCUCACACCCCCACACCCCUGCCCUGCCUCACCCCCCUCUCUUCCAGGGACCCUCCACACCACACCCAUGGCCUGCUACGACCUCUGCCGACCCUGCGGACCCACCCCGCUGGCCAACAGCUGCAACGAGCCCUGUGCCCUGCAAUGCCAGGACUCCCGCGUCAUCAUCAACCCUUCCCCUGUGCUGGUCACCCUGCCAGGACCCAUCAUGACCUCCUUCCCCCAGAGCACCGCCGUCGGAUCCACCUCCUCGGCUGCCGUGGGCACUGAACUCAAUGCCCAGGGACAGCCCAUCUCUGGGGGAUUUGGCUUUGGCCUUGGCUAUGGCCUGGGAGGCCUGGGCUGUGGCUACGGCAGAAGGGGCGGCUACAUCUGCUGAGGACCCUCAGCACCACUCCUGACACCACCAGCUCAGGGCUCUGGAAACAGCUCCUGCAGACAAAGCACCUCAGCUGAUGGUCGC